AUGCUCACCCCGCCUCCUGUAGGUCUCCCAUGCCUCUCACCUGCAGCUCAUGCUCACCCCGCCUCCCGCAGCUCUCCCACGCAUGAUGCUCACCCCCGCCUCCUGCAGCUCCCCACGCCUACUGAUGCUCACCGCCGCCUCCCGGCUCUCCCGUCUCUUGAUGCUCACCGCCACCUCCCGCAGCUCCCUCCUGCAGCUCUCCCACGCCUCUUGAUGCUCACCCCGCCUCCUGCAGCUCUCCAACGCCUACUGAUGCUCACCGCCGCCUCCCGCAGCUCUCCACGCCUCUUGAUGCUCACCCCCGCCUCUUGCAGCUCUCCCACGUCUCUUGAUGCUCACCGCCACCUCCCGCAGCUCACCCCCGCCUCUUGCAGCUCUCCCACGCCUCUUGAUGCUCACCCCCGCCUCCCGCAGCUCACCCCGCCUCCUGCAGCUCUCCCACGCCUAUUGAUGCUCACCCCGCCUCCUGCAGCCCCCCGCCUACUGAUGCUCACCGCCGCCUCCGCAGCUCUCCCACGCCUCUUGAUGCUCACCCCCGCCUCUUGCAGCUCUCCCACGUCUCUUGAUGCUCACCGCCACCUCCCGCAGCUCACCCCGCCUCCCGCAGCUCUCCCACGCCUCUUGAUGCUCACCCCCGCCUCCCGCAGCUCUCCACGCCUAUUGUUGCUCACCCCGCCUCCUGCAGCUCCCCGCCUAUUGUUGCUCACCGCCGCCUCCCGCAGCCCUCCCGCCUCUGAUGCUCACCCCUGCCUCUUGCAGCUCUCCCACGCCUCUUGA